CUAAAGCAGAGAUUAACUACAGAGGUGCCUCUCUGAUACAUUUAUUCUAAUUUAGUUUAGUAAUUACAUUUUCCCCAUAAGAGGACAAAGACACCCAUAAACAGAGCUGGCACAGUGGGUGAGCAACAGUGCAGCAGAGCUGACAGAAUCAGUCAGCAGCCUUCUGAACGAUGGAGGAGAUUUACGCCAAUGUGGAUUGUGCCAAACUUUCCUACCCAACACCUUCAACAAAUUACACAGGUCCAAGAGGUCCAAGGGGUUUCAAUUUAGUUAUUAUUCUUUCUCUGGGUCUGCUGAGUUUUUUCCUGCUGAUUGGACUCAUCAUCCUUGGUGUCAACUACCGCGACUCCUUACGGGAUUCAGCAGCAGCGUUCUCUGCCAUCAGUAACAACCUUUCCUUCGUGACUGAGGAGAGAGACCUGCUCCAGGCGAACCUCACUGAGAAAACCAAGGAACUUGAAAGGCUUCAGAUGAUGUCUAAACAGAAGAAAACAUGUCCUUCAAGAUGGAGCAUGUUCAGCUGCAGCUGUUAUCUCCUCUCUGGAAGGUCUGGUUCCUGGGAUGAAGGUAGAAAGGACUGCAGAGACAAAGGAGCAGAUCUAGCAGUGAUAGAGAGCCCUGAAGAACAGAACUACCUCAUUACACUCACCCAGAACCCAACCUGGAUUGGUUUAAAUGACAAAGAAGAAGAAGGAAAGUGGAAAUGGAUAGACGGAACUCCUCUGACUCUAAAAUACUGGGAAAGUAAUCAACCUGAUAAUGGCGCUGGAGACCCACGGUGGGGUGAAGAGGACUGUGCUCAUAUCAGAACUCAUGCUAACAAUUUUUGGAAUGAUCGUUCAUGUGGAGCUUCUCUGCUUUGGGUCUGUGAAAAAAUACCAUAAGAAACAUGAAGAUAUGUGUACCUAUUUUGCAAACUGAGUGAUCAUUGUUGUUUCAUUUUUGUUUGCUUGUUUGUUUUUUUAUUUGUUUGGGUUUUUUUUUUUUUUUUUUAAAGAUUUUUAGAUUUAUUCUACUGAGGAUAGGUAUCCAGCUUAUAGAAAUCCAAUCAAAUCUAAACUAAAUCCAGAAGUGCCUGAAGUGCAUUGCCAUGUAAAUAAUCUGCAUACUGAAUAUGUACUUACUAAGUAACACUGUUCAAAAGUGGAAUAAAGAAACAAAUAAA